CUACUUCCGGGGUGAGAGAAUGAACUUGAUUGCUAUUUGUUCCGACAUUAAUGGCAUGUGCAGUCUAUCAAACUCAGGCACAUGUGGAUCUACUCACUCUAAGCAGAAAAUGAAGAGGAUGAAAUCGAGAAAAUCACAUUCUUGGUGGUGGGAUAGUCAUAUUAGUCCCAAGAAUUCAAAGUGGCUUGCAGAAAAUCUUGAAGAAAUGGACAAGAGUGUGAAGAGAAUGCUGAAGCUGAUUGAGGAGGAUGCAGAUUCAUUUGCCAAGAAGGCUGAGAUGUAUUAUCAGAAGAGGCCCGAAUUGAUAUCUCUUGUCGAGGAUUUCUAUCGAAUGUAUCGUUCUCUGGCUGAACGUUAUGAUCAUGUCACAAUUGAAUUGAGGAAGAACAUCCCCUCUGAUCUUCAAUCCCAAGGCUCAGGUAUAUCGGACAUUGGUUCCGUUUCUGGGCAAUCCUCUGCCAUGCCUUCUCCUGGAAGGCCGGGCCAUCGUAAAUCCAGUAAUCGAGCUGCUGGAUUUGAUUUUUUUCUUGGAUCUGGUGGAAAUGGUUACGAUGCUGGACGUGGAGAAGGAUCUGAAUCUUCUAGGACAGCAGAUUCUGAGGAGGAAUCUGAUGAUUCUUCCAUUCAUAAUGACUCAGGUUUCUUGGGAAGUAUUGAUGAUUAUCACAGGCAGAACAGGAAAAUAAUGGAAUUGGAAAUUGAGGUACGUGACUUGAAAGAAAAACUUUGGCUGCAAGAGGAAGAGCUUGCAGAAAGAGGGGCAAGAAAUGAGAAUUGUGAAUAUAUUCAUGUCAAAGUUAAUGAAUAUGAACAAGAACUGAAGAAAGUGAAUGAAAAAUUAAGGCUUUCCGAAGAAGAAAUCUCCGUUCUAAAGAUUGAACUUGACAGAUUGAGGUCCCUGGAUUCAGCAGAUUUGCAGGCUAAUGUAGAAUUCUCAUCGACUCAGGAAGAUUUGGAGCCCAAUAGUAAGAUUAAAUCACUGGAGGAGGAGUUAAGAAUCACCAAAGAAAAUCUUGAAGCUUCAAAAAAGCAUAUUGCUUCAUUAGAAGUUGGAACCACAACAUCAUCUGAGAAAAUUCAAGAAUUGCAGGAUCAUCUGGACUCAGCUUCAAAGUACAUUACUGCUUGGAAGACCAAAUUCAACACUGAGAAAAAUGAGACCAACGAACUCCUAGAAAGACCUGAAAACACAAAACUCAGUCUCUUAGGCCAAGAUCAUGAGAUCAUGGAUUUAAAAGCAGCUGUGACCGAUGCAGAGAUGAAGAAGAUCAAUUCCGAGAAAGCAGAGAUGGAGGCACAUAAGGGAGAAAUCAAGGAAAGAGAGAGCAGAAGAAGCCUGAACACAACUUUGAAUGCAUUAAAAUCAGAAAGAUAUGAUCUCAAUGCAGAAGUUUGUAGGCUCAGGGGAGAGAUAAACAGAAGAGACGAUCAGAUUGAACAACUAGGUUGGCAUUUAAACCAGUUACACAUGGAACACGUGAAGUUGAUAGCUGGAAUGGAAGUGGCCCAGAAGCAAGUGGAAGAGCUUAAACAAAGAGGAAAGAAACUAGAGGAAGAGGUUGAAAGGCAAAGAAAUGAGAUAUUAGAAGGAGCAGAAGAGAAACGUGAAGCCAUAAGGCAGCUUUGCCUCUCACUAGAGCACUACAGAAAUGAUUAUAACAGGCUUCGUCAGGAUUAUGCAGGGCGCAAACGAGUAUCACUUUUGGCCUCAUAACAUACACUCACGCGCAUGCAUAUCCGUGCGUGCAUUUAUUUCUUUGUUAUGUAGAUCAGUAAGGGUCUUCAAAUUGGACUCCUACGGUUGUCUAAUAAAAUGUGUUCUCCAUCAGUAUGUCCUGUAUUUUCCAGGAUUGUCAUAUCCGUCUCGUUUCUCAAAUAGAAACUAC